GUUUGUGUCUGGAGCAGGGGUGGGCAGUGGGCUUCCUGCGAAGGGAUUUUCCCGAGGCGAGAGCUCAUCUCCUGCCUUCUUCAGUUUGGUUGCACAUCCCUCGUUAACCCCCGCAGCCUUCGGUUCCCCGGGGGGUUCUCAGAUCUCCGAGGACAAGGGCAGAGGAGCGGGCGUUUUCCUCCUAAGUGCAUAAGUCCCCCGCAAACGCUCGCGGAGAGCGCGGCGGCUCGGCCCGGUCCCCUCGUGCCUUCAGCAUCCUCGACCCAGCUCCGCUCGGACCACCAUGGAGGUGCUGGAGAGCGGGGAGCAGAACGUCCUGCAGUGGGACCGCAAGCUGAGCGAGCUGUCAGAGCCCGGGGACACCGAGGCCCUCAUGUACCACACGCACUUCUCAGAACUUCUGGAUGAGUUUUCGCAGAAUGUCUUGGGUCAGCUCCUGAAUGACCCUUUCCUCUCCGAGAAGAGUGUGUCGAUGGAGGUGGAACCAUCACCGACCUCCCCAGCACCUCUCAUCCAGGCUGAGCACAGCUACUCCCUGUGCGAGGAGCCUCGGGUCCAGUCACCGUUCACACACAUGACCACCAGUGACAGCUUCAAUGACGAUGAGGUGGAAGGUGAGAAAUGGUACCUGUCUACAGACUUCCCUUCAACCACCAUCAAGACAGAACCCAUUACAGAUGAGCCACCUCCAGGACUUGUUCCCUCUGUCACUCUGACCAUCACAGCCAUCUCCACCCCUUUUGAAAAGGAGGAACCCCCUCUGGAAAUGAGCACUGGGGUUGAUUCCUCAUGCCAGACCGUUAUUCCUAAGAUUAAGCUGGAGCCUCAUGAAGUGGAUCAGUUCCUAAACUUCUCUCCUAAAGAAGUCUCCGUGGACCACCUGCACUUACCGCCAACCCCUCCUAGCAGCCACGGCAGUGACUCAGAGGGCAGCCUGAGCCCCAACCCUCGCCUGCACCCCUUCGGCCUGCCUCAGACCCACAGCCCCGCCAGAGCCGCGCCCCGGGCCCCCUCUGCCCUGUCCAGCUCUCCUCUCCUCACAGCACCUCAUAAACUGCAGGGGUCAGGCCCAUUGGUCCUGACAGAGGAGGAGAAGCGGACUCUGAUUGCUGAGGGCUAUCCCAUCCCCACCAAAUUGCCCCUAACAAAAUCAGAGGAGAAGGCCCUGAAGAAAAUCCGGAGGAAAAUCAAGAAUAAGAUUUCUGCCCAGGAAAGUAGAAGGAAGAAGAAAGAAUACAUGGACAGCUUGGAGAAAAAGGUGGAGUCUUGUUCAACUGAGAACUUAGAGCUUCGGAAGAAGGUGGAGGUUCUGGAGAACACCAAUAGAACUCUCCUUCAGCAGUUGCAGAAGCUUCAGACUUUGGUGAUGGGCAAGGUUUCUCGUACCUGCAAGUUAGCUGGCACACAAACUGGCACCUGCCUCAUGGUCGUUGUGCUGUGCUUUGCUGUUGCAUUUGGCAGCUUCUUUCAGGGCUGUGGGCCCUAUCCUUCUGCCACCAAGAUGGCUCUGCCUAGCCAGCAGUCCAUGCCAGAGCCGUACACAGCCUCCAUCGUGAGAUCCAGGAACCUGCUGAUCUAUGAGGAACAUUCUCCCCUGGAGGAGCCAUCCAGCCCAGCCUCGGCUGGGGAGCUUGGGGGCUGGGACAGAAGCUCCUCCCUGCUCAGGGCAUCAGGGCUGGAGACAAGGCCAGAUGUGGAUCUUCCCCAUUUCAUUAUCUCGAAUGAGACCAGCCUGGAGAAGUCAGUGCUGUUGGAGCUGCAACAGCACCUGGUCAGCGCCAAACUGGAGGGGAACGAAACACUAAAGGUUGUGGAACUUGACAGAAGAGUGAACACCACCUUCUAAAGAGGCUGCCUCCACCCACCUCUUCCCCUUAACUCUAUUUUUCCAUCCCCAAACCUCCUUUGUCAUCAGCCCUUCCUCUUUGCCACCGGAUCUUGAUAAAGACAUGGAUGAGUGUUAGUGGCUUUGGAUGGGCAGCCAGCCUGAGGUUUCCGCCUGCAGGAGGAGGACCGGGUCCCCACCAGUCCACCCCCACCCGCCAUGCAGAAGGGAGCCACGUCUCUCCCUCCCUUCCUCUUACUGCCAUGGGAAAUGGUUUUAGGGGUGCGGGGUGGGACGAGCAGGCUUGUUUUGCCAGUAGUACCAAAAAGAUACUGCCUGAUUCUCACCCAUGAGGUGUGACCCCUCUUUGAAGAAAAGAUGGCUCUUAUUCAAUUGAGACCCCAGACCCUAGCCACAAAAAAGCCACGCUGCCUGUUGGGAGUUGGCAAAGCACUGACUCACAUCCUCCCCUGCUCCCACCUGGGUCUCCAGUGUGAUGGCCCCGCCAGCCCUGGAAGCGCAGGGCACCGUGUGGGCACCUCCCUUCCGCUCUGCCCCGGCGCAGCCCUCGCUGGACUGUCCUCCCAGUGCGGGCACUGGCAGGCCGGGGCUCCCCCUCCGUGUUCUCAGGCCGCAAGUGCAAUGCCUGAAGGAAUCAGGCUUUUCUACUCCAGGCGAACCUGCCCCGUCUUGUUGCUUGUAGGACUCCCCACCACCCAUAUCCCCACGUGUCCGUAGUUCCGCCUCCCAGCUUCUCCUCCCCGUUUGUAAAUAGUAUUUAUUAGCUUGCUGAGGCUUCCCACUAGCACCACACUGAAGAGAUUCGCUGCCCCCCUCCCUCCAGCUAGCAAAGUCUUCUGUCGGCCUUUGCUGCUGGGAGGACACCCUAGGCUCUGGGGUCCCUAAUCUUUCCAGACGGUGUUUUGUUCCUUUUCUUUUUUUUUUUUUUACUGGAGGCCUGCAAAAUAAUUACCAUUGAGAAGUCCCCUUCAGCAUGCGUCCCCUAAAGGAUGAGCUUAGAGGGAAAGAUGGAACGAUGCCUUGCUCAGGUCCGUGGCCCUGGGGCCCGAUGCUUUCUCUGUCUGUCCCCAGCACAGAGGAGGGAAGCCCUGUCCCCGACAACCUUGCUAGCUUGUCUUUCCCCGCCUGGCCCGGCCCCCCUCCCGCCUCUCCCUCCACGCUUCCACUUCUCUCCCCUUCCACCCCCCACCUGCCACAGCAAAGGGGGACAGAGCAGGUGGCAUCUGCACCCACAUUCUUCCCUCGGAUAGUCAGGUUUGGCUACUUUGCAGCUCACCCAAAGAGAAACAACCUAACCCCCCACCUCCUUUUAUUUUUUUUAAUGAUUACAAGUAACUUUUGUAGUUUAAAAAAAUCUUUCCUUCUUCAUACAAAUAAGAAAUGGAAAUAGUCUUUUUAUUGUGUAAUGUAGAAGACUCUCUGUAAGUGUUCAUUUUUCCUGGCUUGUAAAAGAUUUUGUGUAGAAAAUUUGCUUACAUUUUGUAUUUUAUUUUUAGUGGCCACUGAAAGGCUUAUAGCUUCAGCUCCUCUCUUUCUCUCUCUCUCUCUGUCUCUUUUUCUCGUCAUCUACAUUAUUACCAUUAGAGCCUGUACUUAAAAGGGAUUAAGCCCACACCGGGGCCCUCCAUUCCAUAUCAGAUACAGGAUUUGAUGUCAUUAAUAUUUGCCAUCAUACCUCAUAAGCGGAUCCCUGCUUCAUCUGCUUAGGUCCAUUUGGGCUCAUCGUGAGUGAGCCUCUCUCUCCCUACUGUGAUGGAGAGGAUUCCAGACUGGGAGAUGGCCAAGUUCACCUUCUCACAGUGUGUGAGAGCUGGAUCAGAGCUACUGUGGUCCUGGCAGCCCAGCUGUCUGGACGGUUCUCUCUCCCUUGCCUUGGCCAGGGUGGGCUGAGACCGUCUGGGCUGUGCAGGAGGAAGGCAUGGCCAGCGUGCCCGGCUUCUGCUUCUCUCUGCUCCAUUCUCUGUGGCUCCAGAUCCUCCUGGGCUCGGCCUGUUCCUCUUUAAAAUGUCAUGUAACUAUCAGGCCCAGGCAGCCUGUGGGGCCCUAAGAAGGUAAACGGAUAGAGUUAAGUAGUAUUUGAGCAAUGAGAAAGGAAGGGUUUCACAUUUAAGGGCAGAAGUGAGAGACGGGCCAGCUCAUCCACCUGCCUCAAGUGAACUAGAUUGGGUGUUUAAGGCUCCCAGAUAUAGCCAGAGUAGAAAACCUGCUCUACUGAGCGAGGAAGGAGGAGAGAAAGGAAACUUCUAGCCCCGUCCUUAGUGCUUUAAGGAUUUCAUUUUCUCCCUGCCUACCCUUGCUUGACAUUACCUCCAGACCUCCAAACAGCAGGGUUUUUUCUCUGGGAAACUAUCCUUCCAGAGGAGACUGUGUAUCCAGAGAUGUGGGAUAUUGCAAGAGAGUUCAAAUGGCCUUUUUAAGGGGGUUCCCAGAACCAACAUUGCUGCUCUUUGAGAAAAACCUCUGCUCUCCACUCCUUGCCUGGAUGAAUAAAGGGAACUAAACAGAUACCCCUUUAGGAGGAGAAAAUGGGGUCAGGAGGACUCCGAAGAGUUGGAUAACACCAGAUUGGUUCCAAAUGGAUGUGUGCAAGUUUUCUGUUCAAAGGAUAAGCCAAGAAUAUCAGUAGAUUUGUUUUCCCCACUGAGAAGUCCCAUAGACUAGUCAAUAAUUCAUGGUUAGCUGUGAAAAUUUCAGAUAGUGGCAAGACACUGGUGCCUGCACUGAGUUUUGAAAAGUAUGAGACUGUUAGAGCAACCAUAAGCCGUAAAGAAUAAAUCCGUUAAUUGUAUUUUUCCUCAUGUGAACAGGUUUUCCUCUUCCCUUUCUUUGAUUUCACUAGUGAAGGAGAUGUCUUGCAAAGAUUCAGAGAACAAGUAAUUUUUUUCUGGAUGAGACCUGAGUAGCCCAGACCCCCCGGUGUGGUUCUUUUGACAGCUCUUGACUUUGCACUUAGAAAUGGAUAUUGUAAAUGCAAGGCCUCAGCGCCAGUUUUAAGACAGAAUUUCUGUGAAGUGUUAGGACUCUGGAGUCUAGCUCACAUAGAGUGUUAUAUAAAAAUCUGGCAGCUGAACUAGGCUGCUCCUUUUGGCAGGGGAUGGGGGUGAGGUUGACACCAGUGUAGGCAAAAUUAGAUAACCUUUUGGUUAAUAUAAAUGAUUUUGAUUUGGAGACCUAAUCUGUAGAUUGUGAAAGCAGCUUUUCAACUUACUUACAAAUCAAACAUGAAUGCUGUGGUUUUUCUUCCUAAAUCUUAGCUUGGAUACCAAAAGAUGGCUAUGAAUCUUAUGUGCCUGUAGAGUCACACUGAUUCUUCUUUAUUCUGGCAGUGAGUCAGUGUCUAGCUUUUCUGUCAUAAGCUUUUUAUUAAAAUUCUUUUUCAGCAUUUUAGGGCCCCUCCCUCCCAUGUCCUCAGACCAAGCAAAAGCAUAAAGACAGAAGAAGCCUCUCUGGGCCAGCUACUCUGAACACACAUGUCAGAGGAGGUGCGCAUUUGAGCACAGCCCAGAAGUGGAGGCUUCCCACCCCUGUGCUGGCCUUGCUAACGUGGCGAGACUGGACAUGCAAGAGAAUGCUUUCAGCCACGCCCUGGUCAGCAGAGUCACUAACUUGGUUCUGUUGAAUCCAGUCUUUGAGAAACCUGGAUUAAAGACACCAGCACUUUGCUUGCAGUGCUACAGGGCCUAUGAAGACAUUGGUGGGUAGUGCCCUGGUGAGUCAUUUUAUUUCAACACUUUCAGCUGAGACAGUUAGUAGAUACAUGAUAAGAUAAGCCGCCCUGGGAGGGCAGUCACAGGAGAGAGUAGCUGUGAAAGGGCCAGAGGCAGGUUUCAGAUCAUUCAUUCAUUCAUUCCUAAGACUUUUCAGUUUUACUAAGGGAGAGUGUUGCCUGAUGCUCUAGAGAUAUUGGGAAUAAGAGGGACUGAGGAAACUUCAUUAGUCAGUAGCUACUCAAAAGACCCAAGUGCUAAGACUCUCUCUCUGUCUCUCUCUGUCUCUCUCUCUCUCUCUCUCUCUCUCACUCACACACACACACACACAUUUCUCCCUUGUCUUAGAUACUCAUUUGUGCCUUAAUUGUGCCUUAUCUAUGAAUCCAGGAUGACUGAGGAAACCCAUGUCCCUGGGAGAUUUUAUAUAUUGCCUUAUAAUAUUGGAUUGAAGUGGGUGUAGGGAAAAGAACUUUUUCCAAAGGCUCAAAAAUGGUUUCCUAAAAGUGAGCCACUAUCAGAUUUGCCCAUCAGGAGAAAAGAAAUAGGGUUAUGUCCAUUGGGAAAAUCCCUUUUGUAGGGGUACAAUAACAUCAAAAAAUGGCCAGCCGGGAUUACAGGUAUUAUAAAUUCUCAUAGCAGAGCCUUUUCUCAGUGCAAAGGAGCCUGGACCAUUUGAGGAUUAAUGUUCCACGCCUCUGUGACCAAAAGGUUCGCACUUAGGGAAAAAAAACUAGGUUGUGUUUUGUUUUGUUAUUUUGGGCAACAUAAAAUUCAGGAAUGGUUUAUUUUGUCUUGGUUUCGAGAAGGAAGGGAAGUAAUAUUUCUUGAACACUUACUAAGGUGUCAGGCUCUGUAUAAAAAAGCAAGGUGACUAGUUAUCAUGAGAUGGUUAAAGAACUAAGUGCUAGGGGAAGUGAAACAAUUUGUGGACUCAUUUGAGCAUAUUCCUUUCUGAGAACACUGUACACUAUUAAGGUUCUCUGGGCAGGAAACACAGUGUCUGCCCCCUGCAGUGGCGCCUCUGCGAUGUUCAGGUCUUUGUCCACCAGACAUGCGUCUCCUGUCUUUUUCUUCCAGUCUUCUGUGAGCUCCAGCUAGCAGGCUUUCCAUCUGGGAAAAGGGAAACCAGGGGUUGUAGCUCUUUUUCUCUCCUCCCAUUCUUUGCUCACCAGCUGGGUGAGACGUGAACUUUCUGCACCAUGGACCCAUGGCCUAUACUACUUAGAAAAUCUCCCUUUUAGAUAAAAUGCUUAUGAGUCUAUGGAGAAUACCAGCACUCUGACAAACUGUGUGUGACCGUUUUUAAACAAUGCUGAGCAGAGCUGGGCUGUGAUCAACGGUGAGCUUUAAUGUCCGUGCUGACAGCUGGGCUUUCCUCUCUUUUGUAACAGGUUAUAUAGACCAGCAGUGUUUAAAUCUAAGUACAUUGUGAAUCUAUUAUCUGUCCUAUUGCACUGUUCUUAUGGCUUUUUAUUCUUUUAUCAUAGCUAAGUAAAUACCAAAAAAAAAAAA